AUGGAUCAUCUGACUAGUGUAAAAUCUGAACUGAGCCAAGGAAGGCGUCCAUUGUGCCUUAUAGAAGUUGAUGCUUUGGUUAACAAGUGUGUCAAGAGACGGCGCAGAGAUUCGUCUGCUGUUGUUGCACCUGCAGGCUGCAGUGAUCAACAGCAAGGUGAUCAAAGACCACAACAGCAGGCGCAGCAGGCUGGUCAAUCUACCGUUGCUACGACUACAACUGUGAAGAGAAGUUCCAGAUUUCGCGGAGUCAGCAGGCAUCGAUGGACAGGAAGAUAUGAAGCUCAUUUAUGGGAUAAAGGGUCUUGGAACCCAACACAAAGGAAGAAGGGAAAGCAAGGGGCUUAUGAUGAAGAAGAAUCUGCUGCAAGAGCUUAUGAUUUGGCAGCACUGAAGUACUGGGGAACAUCAACUUUUACCAAUUUUCCGGUGCCUGAUUAUGAGAAUGAAAUUGAGAUAAUGAACACAUUAUCCAAGGAAGAAUAUUUAGCCUCUCUGAGAAGAAGGAGCAGUGGCUUUUCAAGAGGUGUAUCCAAAUACAGAGGAGUUGCAAGGCUGAAUUGUUGUGGGAACUGCAGGCACCAUCACAAUGGGAGAUGGGAAGCAAGGAUAGGGAGAGUGUUUGGAAACAAAUACCUCUACCUUGGCACUUACGGCACCCAGGAAGAGGCUGCCCAUGCCUAUGACAUUGCAGCAAUAGAAUACAGAGGCAUAAAUGCAGUGACCAACUUUGACUUGAGCACAUACAUCAGAUGGCUGAGACCAGGAGCCAAUUCUCUUGGUUCUCAGGAACCAAAACUAAUACAGAAUGACAUAGACACCUCAAGAAAUCGCAACAAUUUCCAAAGGCAGCAGAAGCAGCCUAUGCCCAUCAGCCCUUGCACCAAGUCAUCAUCUUCCCCAACAGCACUUGGCCUCCUUCUUCAAUCCUCAGUAUUUAAAGAGCUGGUGGAAAAGAAUUUAAAUGGAGAUAAUGAAGAAAGUGAGAAGAACGACAUAAGGAACCUUCUUCCAGUGCAGACAAACAGUGACAAUCUUAAGAGGAUCUUGUACAAUGGAAUGCACAAUAACCCUUUCACAUGUCCUUCCAACACCAGUGUUUUGCCUGCUUUAGAGUCGCAGGAGGAGAGCAUAUUGCCCUUGUGCAAUUCGAGGGGGCAGUCAAUUUGGAAUGGUGCCAUAAACAUGUUUUCUUCCCCUGACUUUAACUAA